GAGUGGCUUCGAGUCCUCGUCCGGACUGCUGCUCAAUAAUUACAUGGACGCCUUUGCCAAGCCUAGAAAGCAGUUCAACCUGGAUCCAUCGCCGGCUAACCAGUUGGGUCCCGGCAAGAGGCCCAUGACGUCCAUGGUCCCCACCAUCAUCACCAAGUCUGCCACGCCUUCCGAGCUGGUGGGCGCCUUCGGUGGCAGCGGAGGCCUCCCGGCCAUCUCUGCAGUGGCGCAGCUUAUCACCUGCGUUCGCAACUACACGUUGCCUCGCUGCGUGUGGAAGGAUGCGCGUGUGCAGCCCACCUUUCGUUCUACUACGCCCAACUCGGUGUUUGCGGAGCGCAAGACCCCGUUCUUCGACCCGGUAUCCCUUCUUCGCAAGCUGGGUAACAGCGUUACACAGAAGACCAUCAUGUCUGCAGCCACGGGCAUCAUCGUCACAAAGAGCGGCUCUUUUCUGGCACCCAGUGACAUGAGACAUGUUGAUGGCAGCCGCUCGGGAGCGUGAC